AUGGCGGCGAUAAAGACGGUGGAUCUGGACGCGGCGCUGGGCGGCAAGGCGGCGCAGUACCGCGAGACACAGGGGCACGAGUCGGACCUGCUGCUCUCCUACUUCCGCCCCUGCAUCAUCGCCACGCCCGGCUCCUGGGGCCACCCCGACCCCGAGGCGUCCCAGCCGCGCCUGCUGCAAGUCAAGGGCCGCCGAUUCAUCCACGUCAGACAGGUGGCAAUGGCGCGGUCGUCGCUGUCGCACUCGGAGAUCUUCGUGCUGGACACGCGCAGCAAGCUGUUUCAGUUCACGGGCGCCAACGCCAGCAAGCAGGAGCGCGUCAAGGGCAUGGAGGUCAUGCAGCUGCUGCAGGACUCCGUGUAUGGCGGCAAGGCCCCCAUCGCCAUCAUUGACGACGGCAAGCUGGACGAUCCGGAGUCGAACGAGUUUUGGGACAUGUUUGGGGGCUUCGCGCCCAUCGCCAAGAAGAGCCAGGGCGAGGACGACGUCGAGGUCAAGCCCACGCCGCCCACGCUCUACUGGGUGUCGGGCGACGGGCUGCAGGAGGUGGGAGCGGGGGCGCUGAAGAAGCUGCAGCUGGAGGGCAACAAGUGCUACCUGGUGGACAUGGGCCCCACCGUCUUCGUCUGGUUCGGCCGCAUCUCCUCCCUCGACGAGCGCCGCGCCGCCUGCAUCGCCGCUGAGACGCAGCUGGUGGUGGGCAAGAAGCCCCCCUCUGUGCGUGUGGUGCGCAUGCCAGAGCGCUUCGAGCUGCCCGCCUUCAAAGCCUGCUUCUCCGAUUGGCCCGUCGUGCCCGUGCUGGGCGGCGGGGAGGGCGGCAACAAGCUCAAAGCAAUGCUGAAGCAGAGCGGUGUGGUGGACAAGGCGGCCCCCAAGGGUGCAGCAGGCGGCAGUGACGAGCACCCGCCACUGGCAGAGACGCCAGGCGACCUCAAGGCGUGGCGGGUGGCGGGGAGCACCAAGGUGGCGGUGGCGGCGGAGGAGGUGGGCAAGUUUCACGCGGGGGAGAGCUACCUGGUGCAGCACACGUCCAUCCGCGACCGCAAGCACGAGUACCUGCUCUUCCUCUGGAUGGGCAAGGACACCUCCGCUGCAGAUCGCACAGCAGCCACGGCGCUGGCGGUGCGGACCAUGGAUGGGCUCAGAGGCAACGUCACUCUGGUGCGGGUGGUGCAGGGCAGGGAGCCAGAGCAGUUCCUCUCGCUCUUCAAGAACCACCUGCUCUUCCUCAAGGGCAAGGCAGCAGAGGCGUAUGACGCAGCGGGCAUCGCUCUCUUCCGAGUGCGGGCGCGCGACAACGGGCUCAUCCUGGCCGUUCAAAUGGACACGGUGCCGAGGUCGCUCAACUCAUCGGAGUGCAUGCUGCUGCAGACACCCGCCAACCCAUUCCUGUGGGUGGGCAAGAACAGCACUGAGGCCGACAAGGCCGCCGCCACCACCACUGCUGAAAUCUUCAAGCCCGGGGUGGCACUGAAGCAGCUGGCGGAGGGGAAGGAGACGUCGGUGUUCUGGGGGCAUCUGGGUGCCAAGGGGGACUAUCCCGCUCAGCGCGAGCAGAGGGAGGCACAGCGGGACGCGCGCCUCUUCCACUACACCGGCACUGCAGCCGCUGCCAAGGUGGUGGAGGUACCGAACUACGAGCAGGAGGAUUUGAUCAGCGAGGACGUGAUGCUGCUGGAUACGCACAGCGAGGUGUUUGUGUGGGUGGGCGUCAACCUGCCCGACAAGGACAAGAAGGACGCCUUUGAGUACGCGCAGCGGUACGUAGAGCAAGUGGCGGGCAGUGAGGGGCGGUCCAAGGAGGUGACCAUCAUUCGAGUGGUGGAGGGCUUUGAGCCGCCCAUGUUCACCUGCCACUUUCUAUGGGACCCCACCAAGACUGCUGCCUUUGUGGACCCCCACGAGCGCAAGCUGGCGCACCUGCAGGGCCGCGAGGUGGAGCUGUCCGACGCGGCCAAGCGCAAGUUGGCAACACUUGGCCUUGCAUCAUCCCACCCCGCUGCUGUCGGCGCUGCUGCUGGCGGUGCCGCUGCGGCACCAGCAGAUGCAGAGCCGGCCGCAGCAGCCCCGCCAGCAGAGGUUGUUGCAGCUGCUGCGGCACACGCUGCCAAGGAUUCAGCGUCCUCUCAGAUGGCAGCAGCAAUGGCUGCUCUUAAGGGCUCCAUCAAGGGGGUGCCCACCAAGCCUGAUCCUGCCACUGCUGCUCCUGCAGCUGCCGCACCUGCGCCCGUGGCUACGCCCGAGCCUGCUCCUGCGGAAGUGCCUGCGGCGCCCAUGUCUGCUGCGUCUCAGCGCGCUGCUGCCAUCGCUGCCCUGUCGGGCACUCUCACUGCGGAGAAAAGGAAGAGUGGUGGAGGAGCGGCAUAUUCCAUCCCCAAGGUGCAAUCGCCCGCAGCCACGGCUCGCUCACCAUCCUCCACGCCCGAACCACAGCCUGCUGCCAGUCCCGCUGCCGUCACGCCCUCCUCCCCUGUGCCCGCCCCCAUCCCCGAGGGAGACGAGCCCUCGGAUGCGGCAGGCACUGAGGCAGCAGUGGAGGGCGCCCUGUACGCCCUGGAGAGGCUCACAGUCAACAGCACGGACCCUGCUCCUGGCAUCGACACCAAGAAGCGCGAGGCUUAUCUUUCUGAUGCGGACUUCCUCCAAGUGUUCGGAUGUGAUAAGGAUGCUUUCUACAAGCAGCCCAAGUGGAAGCAGGAUACCAAGAAACGCUCGCUCCACCUUUUUUAA